AUGGGCGUCUCGAAGAUAUCCUUUAUUCUUCUGCCAAGAGCCCGACACCCGGGUGGUGGGUGGCAAAGACGCCCAGAAAAGCUUGUGCCACACCAAGUCGCUCUAAAAUUAAAAGACGGCUGGACUUUCUGCGGUGGUGCUGUCAUCUCGGAUAGAUGGAUACUGACAGCUGCCCAUUGUGUCAAAAGUCUUAAACCAUCAGAAUUUUCCGCCGUAGUUGGUACAUUAUCGAGAACAAAAGGUGGUACAAAGUAUGCAAUAAGCAAAGUCAUCGCUAACAAAGACCAUAACAAGCCAAAAAGAUUCGAAAACGAUAUUGCUGUUAUAAGUACGAAAGAGGCCAUCAAAUUCAAUGAACACGUUAAGGCAUUACCAUUACCUGACAAGGAUGUCACGUCUGGAUUGUCGUGUAUCCUGAGCGGCUGGGGCAAACUUACCCGUAGGCGGCCACAACCUGAUAAAUUGCAGUAUCUGUAUGUAAAAACAUUAAAUAGCGAAGAUUGCAAUAAGGAGCUUAAGGAACGCAAUGUCUCUGUAAGCUCCAGUCAGAUGUGUACCCUUAACAAAGAUGGAGAAGGAACAUGCCAAGGUGAUUCAGGCGGCAGCUUAGUGUGCAACGGCACCGCAACCGGCGUCGUGUCUUACAACUGGCCAUGCGCUAGAAAUAUCCCUGACGUGUACGCCAACACGUACAAGUACAUUUCCUGGAUAAAAGACAAUACUAAAUCACCCUAAGCA